AUGGAGAAGAAACCCCAGCAGGGAGGCAUUCAGAAAAGCUUCGAGCAGAGCUCAAGUGUCAGCCAUCUAAAUCAAACGAAAGGCAGCAAAUGUCUCCAAAGCCUUCGGUUCCUCUUUGUGGAUAUCGAGAAAAACUCCACCGAGGACUACACCCUGACCAUGUACUUCCAGCAGUACUGGAGGGACAAGCGCCUGGCCUACCUCGGCAUCCCGCUGAACCUGACCCUGGACAACAGGGUGGCCGAUCAGCUCUGGGUCCCGGACACCUACUUCCUCAACGACAAGAAGUCGUUUGUUCACGGGGUCACAGUGAAAAACCGCAUGAUCCGCCUCCAUCCAGACGGAACCGUUCUCUAUGGACUCAGGAUAACGACGACCGCGGCCUGCAUGAUGGAUCUGAGGAGGUAUCCCCUGGACGAGCAGAACUGCACUCUGGAGAUAGAGAGCUAUGGCUACACCACAGAUGACAUCGAGUUCUACUGGAAAGGCGGCGACACGGCCGUGACGGGGGUGACGCGCAUCGAGCUGCCGCAGUUCUCCAUCGUCGACUACAAGCUGGUGUCCAGAAACGUGGUGUUUUCCACAGGUGCCUACCCUCGACUGUCUCUGAGCUUCAAGCUAAAGAGGAACAUAGGCUACUUCAUCUUGCAGACGUACAUGCCAUCGAUCCUGAUUACCAUCCUCUCCUGGGUCUCCUUCUGGAUAAACUAUGACGCCUCGGCAGCCCGAGUGGCUUUGGGGAUCACCACGGUGCUGACCAUGACCACCAUCAACACCCACCUGCGUGAGACGCUGCCCAAGAUCCCGUACGUCAAAGCCAUCGACAUGUACCUGAUGGGCUGCUUCGUCAUGGUCUUCCUCGCCCUGCUGGAGUACGCCUUCGUCAACUACAUCUUCUUCGGGAGGGGCCCCCAGAUGCAGAAGAAGCUGGCCGAGAAGGCGGAGAAGGCCAACAACGAGCGGGCCGCCAAGUACGACGCCGCACGGGUAGGUCCGGCCUUUUCGGCGCCCGCCGUUUGGCGCCCGGAGGCAGGUAGUCGGACCGCGUCCCUAAAACGGUCCAAUCAAGUUAAGGGCCUCCGCCACUCACGCUCGGCGGAGGCCCACGGCCACGGGAACAUCCUGCUGACCACCCUGGAGAUCCACAACGAGGUGGCGGGCGGCGAGAUCACCACCAGCGUGGCGGACAUCAGGAACUCUCAGUCCAUGGUGCAGCUGGACAGCUCGGCCUCCUCGCACGUCCAGUACCGCAAGCAGAGCGGCGGCUCGGGCCCGCGCCCCGCCGGCCGCCACUCGCUGGACCGCGCCGCGCAGCUGAAGCGCAGCCGCCUGCGCAGACGCUCCUCCCAGCUCAAGAUCAAAAUCCCAGACCUGACGGAUGUGAACGCCAUCGACCGCUGGUCCCGCAUCAUCUUCCCCUCCGUGUUCUCGCUCUUCAACCUCAUCUACUGGCUGUAUUACGGAUCUGACAGCGGCGGGAAAAAGACUCCACAGAGACUCCAGGUUCUCCUCUAA